CGACAGACCAGCUGUAUCUGUGAUCAGUCCAGCCAGCUCGCAACAUGUACGCGAAACUCGCUCUCGUCGCCGCCCUCGUCGCCGUAGCCGUCUCCUCGCCCACCCCCGGCGGACAUGGUCACCACAAACACGUGACGAUCCAUGUCCCGUACAAAGUGCACACGGUUCACCACCACCACGUGUCCAAGGUGCCGUACCCGGUGCACGUGCCCGUGGUGAAGGAGGUCCCCGUCAUCAAGGAGGUGCCCAUCGUGAAGCACGUGCCCGUGCCGGUGGUGAAACACGUGCACGUGCCGGUCAUCAAGAAGGAGAUCGUGGAGAAGAAGGUCUACGUGCCUGUCCACCAUCACGAGGAGCACGUGGAGUCCCACGGCUGGGAGAGCGAGCCGCUGUCGCACGGCUGGCACUGAUUGAGGACUUUCAUAUUUUUAGGUUAAGGUUUACUUUUACAUUCAUCACAGCCGCGCAGGCGCACACUCACAGUAUUCAUCAGUUACCAUUACCACAUAUCAACCAUCAUGUAAAUAGG